UUGUGUUGAUAUCCGUUUGUUUGACUUUUGAGCUGUUAGGAGUCACAGUUUGCUCUAAGGACUUUUCAAUUUCGCCACCCCUGCAUUAUUCAAUCAUGCCCAAGGUUAAGCCAGGCAAAAAGUUAAGUCAGAGGAAGUAUACUCGUCGUUCGGUCCGAGAUGCCGCCAGCCAGCCUUCUCCUGUCGACCUCGAGACAGACGUCGGCCAAGUUUUGAGUUCUACGCAGAGCCCAGCUGCUGGAAGUUCGGCGUCGACAACCAACGGUGAGUUCGGGACAAUGGGGGGCUCCUGGCCUCUUGUGACUUCUCCACAAGAUCCGGUCAUUCCCCAAAUUCAAUCCCAAGCUCCCCCUUCUAUCCCUCCUGCCCCUGUAGUUGAGGGGCUUAAUAGUCAUGAUAAUUUUACACCAGCCCCCAACCCUCCUUUCCCUACGCUGUCUGCGCAGCCAGAUAUGCUUAGCUGUGUGUGUGAUGAUUUGGGCGGGGAGGUGCCUUCCAGUGUUAAGGAGAAGAUUUGGAAAGGUGAAUUUGUAGAGUUAGGUGGAUUACUAAAAAGGGAAAGCUUAAGUGAGGAAAGUUCCCAGUUGCAGGCCUUCAGCCUUUGUACCACCGGGUCCGCUUUAAUGCUUCGCCCCCAAAGCAAGGCUCCGGUGAUCGCCAGCAUAGAACAGUGGACAUCUUCGUUCCUUAUUUACGCGUCUAUAUACUUGGAGCGACACUGUAUGCGUGCGCGCGAGCUCCUCAAGUAUAUGGAUAUCGUUCGCUCUAUUGUGCGUUUUGGGGGUUUCAAUUGGCGGGCCUAUGACAUUCAAUUUCGGUUACGUCAGGCUCGUCAUCCACAUCGUUCCUGGGCUGUCAUAGACACCGAGCUAUGGCUGACAGUAGCUUCGACGCCCGGUCGAGCAGCGUUUUCGUCUUUUGGGGGUAACCAGCCCUUUCGGCCAUACGACCGGUCGUUUCGGCGGGGUAGUUUCCCAUCCUCAGGAUAUGCCAACAGACAAGGGGCAAUUCGGGCCCCUGGCGCCGCGCCUGCCCCCUUCCGCUCCUCACCAGUCUGUUUCGCCUUUAACGCUGGGUCAUGCCAACGCACCGCCUGCCGUUAUGCUCACCGGUGCGGAAAAUGCUCCUCAGCAGCGCAUGGCUCACACGCCUGCAACUCUGCCGCUGCAAUCGCCAAACAGAAGCCUAGCUCCAACUCCAAUUAAACUUGGCAGCAUGCUCCCAUUUCUUAGACGGCACCAUAAUCAACAUAAUGCAGCUUUUCUGAUUUCUGGUUUUAGGUUGGGUUUUUCAUUGGGUUUCACAGGCGAGCGU